GUUGUGUGUGCAUAGGCCUUUAGUGCGCAAAGUAAUAUAAAAAGAAGAAACACUGUUUGUUUUUCCGGCUGUCAGUAGAGCAAGUGAUUUUGUUUAUUAACUUAGAAGUUGUUGCAAGCCAAGCAAAUUUAACAAUUCUUUUCAAUUUGUGUACUGACUGUUAUUAAUUUAAUAGAAAUAGAAAAUGUCCUCUUUAUCGGGCGUUCGAGUGAAUCUCUUCAACGAGAAUUUUCUCAAUGAGUCCGAACAGGAUGCCAAUUCCGUGUUGACCGAACUGGAUAAAGGAUUACGUUCCGCAAAGUUAGGUGUGCAGUGCGAAGCCAUAGUGCGUUUUCCAAGACUAUUCGAAAAGUAUCCGUUUCCAAUAUUAAUAAACUCUUCAUUUCUGAAACUGGCAGAGUUCUUUUGGAACGGUUCGAAUCUCUUGCGCUUUUGGGUGUUACGAGUAUGCCAACAAAGUGAAAAUCAUUUAGAUAAAAUUUUGAAUAUUGAAGCGUUUGUUAAACGUAUAUUUAUGGUUAUACACUCGAACGAUCCUGUUGCGCGUGCAUUAACUUUACGCACAUUGGGCGCUGUGUCACGUGUGAUACCGGAAAAACAGCAAGUACAUCAUGCUAUACGUCGGGCAUUAGACAGUCAUGAUACUGUAGAAGUGGAAGCUGCAAUAUAUGCGAGUGGUCAAUUUGCCGCACAAUCACGUUCGUUCGCUAUUUGUAUGUGCGCUAAAAUUUCUGACAUGAUUGAAUCAUUACAAAUACCAGUUCCGAUGAAGUUACAGCUCAUACCAGUCUUAAGGCACAUGCAUCACGACUCCAACACAUCAUCACUGGUGAAAGAUCUUUGUCUCAAUUUGUUACCAAAGUACCCUGCUGAAAGCUUCGUGGUGGCUAUACUUGAUUCACUGACCCAACUUUCUAUCCGUACAUUAACCGGUGUACCAGAUCAAGUAAAAUUGUUGCUUGACUUUUUGCAAGAUAAACGAAAACCUGUCCGAGCGCAAGUAUUGAAAUCACUCACCCAACUGGCCGAUCCACAGUGUGUACAUGCUUGGCCAAAGAAGGCAAUGAGAGAACUUUUAGUAAAGGCACAAGGUUGUGAGGAUUCUCGAGAACAAUAUCUUUAUUUAAAUAUACUACUUAAGCUAUGUGAUUGUCCACUAACUUGUCAUGCAUUGUUAAACGAAGAGCAAGAAUCAGUGACGGAGUUGUGUCUUACGUGCAUUUGCUUAGAUGACUAUGCCACCGCCAUUCAAGCAAUGUCAAUCUUAGCCGCUCUUCUGACUUAUUCGGGCGGCGACAAACAAAUUACAUCUAAUAUUAUGGAAAUAGUAAAUAUACACAUGGAAGGUUUAAUUUUCUGUAUGGUAGGCGAAAAAGAAAAUGAACGCGAAUUGAAGAAAAUACUUUGUUGUGGUAUUAAAAUUGCCAGUGUAAACAACGAAUUCGGCACAGAUUUUGUUAACAUGUUGGCUGAYUUAAUUACCGAAGAGAUAGAAUAUCCACCACGGAAUGCUGAAAUGAUGUGCGAUGCGUUAGGYGCUCUUGGUUCGCAUUUUCAAUUGCGAAAAUUCGCACCGAAAAACUUGAGUACAGAAGAACCCAUGGACAUUGAUGACGUGCAGCCAUCAACAUCAGCACAGGUUGCAUUGUCAGCGCAAGGAAAGAUUGAARCGGCGAGCGCUGCGAGUGAAGAAGCAGGCAAACCUGUAGUAGCAGGUGGAGAGCCAACCGAUAAUCCAGUGUUAAAUCGUCUGCUUUUUAUUUUACAUAAACUGAAUGCWAUUAUGGAUGCUGGCGCAAAAGAAGAUCAAUUGCAUUCAGUUGAAAUUUUAGCUUCCGUCGCUCUCCAGUCUAUGAUUGGUUGUUUUAUACCCAAGCAAGUAAUGGAAUGCUUUGAACGUUGUUGUAGCAAAGUAAAUUGUUGGAAUCAAUAUCGUAUAGCAAGAUCGGCAAGCCGUUACGGUCAGCACUAUCUUGCUGCACAUAUGUUUUCUAAAAUAUCCCAGAUCACUGUUGUGGACAAGCUACAUUUCUUUCUGAUGGGCUUAGCACAAAUGGGAAAAGCCGAAUGUAUAUUAAAUUACGGUGUGGAAUAUGAAUAUAUGCGCGACAAUUAUGAACAGUGUGCUCCUUUACCCCCCAGCGUAAAGUCUGAAGAUAAGUCGUCUAAAAAAUCUACAUAUGUGCUAAAACAGAUGCCGCUCAUGCAGCGUUUGGAAUCUGCAAUCAAUUUGUACUGGCAAGCGCUCGCAAGUUUGCGUGCUAGUUCAUCGCCAGCCAAUCCACUUACAUUUCAGCUGGAGUAUCUAAAGCUGCGUGCACAAUUUUUGCAGACACUUUACAUGGCAGUUACAGUGAAAAAUGCACAGAUUAUUGUACCACCACCGGCAAUUGCAGGAAGUUUAGCGCAAAGCUCUCGUGAUUACUUACAAAAGUUUGGGCAUGUUACCAAUCAGUUGCGCAAACUAGUGAAGGCAUUGAAAAGUUGUGAAGAAUCAUACUCACGCCUUUAUAAAUCUGCUUUCGAUGCCGAUCCAGUAACAUUAGAGUUUUUGGAAAUAGCCGAAUAUCAAUGUGCUUUAUUUGCACAUAUUGUUGAGACGAUUUGUUUUGCUACGCCCUCAGAUCCUCCCGCAUUUUUGACCAAUGGCCAGUGUCCAGAAACUCGCUACUUUGCAGCCUGCUGCCACCGCAUGGAGCAAAUGCAACGCAAUUUGCCACAGGAACCAUCGAAUGCGAAGACUAUAAGUAAUCGACAUUUAGAAAUUAUACUAAGUGAAAUUGAGUUGAUAACUAAAACUCCACUAUGCUUACCACGUUACUUCUUUCAAGUCUUGCAAUCUACACAGAUUAAAUUAUCUGUUAGCCCGCAGCCMCGUAGUCCAGGUGAACCAGUGCUUGUACAAUCAGGCAGUAAUUUAGUAAUUAAAGUAGAAGGCGUCAUUCAGCAUUAUGGUAAGAGACGUUCCAUGUAUCGUAGUGUAGAUGCCGUACAAUUGACACUAACAUCACAACUGGUUACACCUCGUCCUGCAAGUGAAACACCUAAAUCUACAACUUCUGAUACAGUUACACUAACACAAACAGUUAAACCACAACGUGACUUCUUGACUGGCAGCUUUCUCUUGCCAAUUUCAAGUGGGGGACAAUGGCAGGUUACCUUGGAGACAUAUGUGAUCGAUGAGAAUGGCAUCACAUGGUGUACGGGGCCGAAAAACUCGAUGCUCGUUCGUUUGUUAGAAGAUCCGGCAAAGGCAACAGCACCAGCACCRUCAACAUCAGCGCAAKCUGGUCAGACACGUAGAUUUUAGAACUAGUUU